AUGCGCGCACCUUGCUAGCCGUACGGCCCCAAGGCAGUGUCGGUUAGGUGGAGGGAUCGAAGGCGCUGGGCGAGCCAAAACAAAACUAGCCACGGAGAUCCUCUAGAUCAGGUUACGGAGCUCGUAGAUCAGACAUGUCUAUAUUAGAACACCGUUUUUAGAGCUUGGAACAGAACUUUAGCCGCCGAGAUCGCAGCUAAACAAGUCUAGCCGUGCUGGGUUAGCGAGCUAACCGUUAGCUAGCUAGCUUAGCCGGCUAACGUUGCUCUCCAACUUCGCUGGGCCUUUCUUCUUACUCUCAUGCUCUGCCAACCUGAAGGAAGAUGGUAUCGUGGAUUAUAUCGAGGACCGUUGUUCUUUUGGGAAAAGGAGAAAAAGAAAAUAAAGAAAUAAAGGAAUAGAAGAACAAAGGAACCUACUUUUGUAAAUGACUUGGCUGGUCUUUGGGACCCUCUACCCAGCGUACAACUCCUACAAAGCAGUGAAAACCAAAAAUGUCAAAGAAUAUGUCCGCUGGAUGAUGUACUGGAUUGUUUUUGCACUCUACACAGUAGUGGAGACCAUCACAGACCUCACUGUAGCCUGGUUUCCCCUGUAUUAUGAAAUAAAGAUUGCCUUUGUGAUCUGGCUCCUGUCGCCCUACACAAGAGGAGCCAGUCUUAUCUACAGAAGGAUCCUGCAUCCUCUUCUGACUUCAAGAGAAAGGGAAAUUGAUGACUACAUUGUUCAAGCUAAAGAGCGCAGCUAUGAGACCAUGCUGAACUUUGGCAAGCAGGGACUAAGUAUAGCAGCUACUGCAGCUGUCACUGCAGCUGUCAAGGGGCAGGGUGCCAUCACGGAGAAGCUGAGGAGCUUCAGCAUGGCCGACCUGACCCAGAUCCCGCAGGAUGAGGCCGGCGGCCAGAUGUACCCUGCCUACUCCAGCUCUAACCCGGCCAGGAGAGGCGCAGGCACCACCCAGCACGACGUAGUCGAUUAUUACCAGUAUGAGCAGGAGGAGCGGACAGAUGAAGAUGGCGAGGGUGAUGGUGUGUUCUCCGAGGACGAGGCUUUGACGCAGCGUGGAGUCAGAAGAUCUCAGAGUGUUAAAGUGACGCGCUCCAGACUACGCAAAGAUGCCCGUUAUGGAUCCCUGAAGAUCAAAGGGCGGCGAAGGCCAGUACUGAACACUAUGACGUACGCCAGCACUGACCAGUGACUACUGACCCAGGAGAGCUCUAUCCACAGAAACCUAAUGAGUGUUAAUAAUACCUUCUUCUUUUAAUGGCUGUGGGAUCCAUUCUUGUGCUGAACAUCCUGUAGGUUUUUAAUGCAACACACACACACACAUAUUUAUUUUAUUAAAAUCCAAGUUUUAACCAAAAACACGAGUGUGCACAUGUACAUUAUGAGCAAUAAUGUGGAAUUUCAGGGGCUUUUCUUCUUGUUGUAGUUUUUUUAUUGCUUGGUGACCUUUUUCUGAAUUUGACAUUCAGUCAAAUCUAUUAGUAUUUUUAUAUUUGCUAGUGUUUAAAGUGUUCACAGCUAGAACUGUAUUCUAUCGGAUGUGGGUUUUGUGCUCUUGUUGUUUUGUGUGUCUCUUGUGCUGCCUUGUUUAUUACAGAUUUUAAAUUAGAUUUUUUUUUCCAUUUCUAAUUAAAUGCAUAAUGAUAACACUGACACUUGAAUACAAUCAGACCAAAAGUGACCCUUACCAUUAAAGGAAAAAAGACCAAAAUGAAUGAAGGGGAUUCAAAUCAUUAUAUUAUUAUAAGUAUUGGUGAAGGUGGACUACAUUUUAAAUGUGUGGUUGUGUUUCCGUUUCUGAUGGUUCCUUUUUUGCACAUUUUCAUCAUUUUCUUGUCCAUCAUCUCAGUGCAGAAUGUACCCCUAGUCUGGGAAGAGGACCAUCUUAUCUACAUAUACCAAAGUGUUACAAUCCACUAUAUCAGGUGGAUGAAAUGUGGGAAUGUUUGUCUGAAUGUGUCAUAAGUCUAAAUUAACGUGCUGGUAUGAUUGAAUAAACAUUGAAAGUUUGAAAUCAAA